UGCAGUCUUGGGUGUGCCUCGGCCAUCAGAGCUAGGGCACACAAUCCCUAUCUAAUUUUAAGCUGGAAGAAAUAAUGGGGUCGGGUCCCCACAAGCAAAGAUGCGUGUUAACUUCAUUUCAGUAACUGAGGUUCAGGCACUGUAACAAAUGCCAGAGCUCAGUCCAGGGAAGAGCAAGUGUGACUCCCUUCUCGUAGACAGGACCCCGUUUACACAGCUCCGCUGUCUAUUUGGGCUCAUUAGUAUUCGCAAAGGAAACAGCCUGGUCUCCGGGAGAGCCUGUCUUCAGCACACAAGCAUCACCUGUGUCAGGAUAGUGGGUAAAGCGUCCACUCGGGAGGGGUGGUUCCUUUUCUGCACCUCCCGUGAAUCAGCAUCACACAGCUGAGAGACUCCGGGCUUGGCUCCCGUGAUGCUAUUUUGAGCGUCUGUCCGCAGCAGGCUGCAGAACGGCUUUUGAUUAUUCGCGCAUUCACCCGUGUGGAGUGGAGCUGAAAUGUACCAUGCCCGUGCCCUCUUCCAACAAGGCUUCAAUCCUAGCCAGGCUGCUCCUAGCCAGUGAUGUAAAUGUACCAGCUGCUUCCCAAGAGCCAGUCCGAAUCCUGCAGGAGGGGCCCAUCCCUCUCCCAAGCAGCAGCCUGCUGCCUUCAGCCUAAGCCCUCUUGCCAACCAUGGUGGGUCUCUCCGGUCUCCCAUCACUUUAUCGGAGACGCCCAGAACUAAUCCUCUUACAGGCUCAUGAUUUAUAGUAUGCCUUAAUCUACAGGCUCCAAGUCAGAUUCAUUGUUAUCUCCUGAUUGUGGGGAGAUGAACAGAUUUGCUUAAACGGGCUCCACUGGGCUGGCAGGAGGUGGUCAGGAGGAAGGCGGCAGACGGCUCGGAAAAUGAAGGCGCUGCUGCUGCUGGUCCUGCCCUGGCUGAGUCCAGCUAACUACAUUGACAAUGUGGGCAACCUGCACUUCCUGUACUCGGAACUCUGCAAAGGGGCCUCCCACUAUGGCCUGACCAAAGACAGGAAAAGACGCUCACAAGAUGGCUGCCCUGAUGGUUGCGCCAGCCUCACGGCAACGACGCUCUCCCCAGAGGUUUCUGCUGCUGCCACCAUCUCUUUAAUGACAGACGAGCCUGGCCUAGACAAUCCUGCCUACACGUCCUCAGUGGAGGAUGGUGAACCGGUAACCAACCCCUCAGACACUGGCCGGAGCAACCGAACCAGGGCACGGCCCUUUGAGCGCUCCACUAUGAGAAGCCGCUCUUUCAAAAAGAUCAACCGAGCCCUGAGUGCUCUCCGAAGGACGAAGAGUGGAAGUGCUGUUGCCAACCACGCUGACCAGGGCAGGGACAACUCUGAGAACGACACUGUCCCCGAAGUCUUCCCAAGGUUGUUUCACCUGAUUCCAGAUGGUGAAAUUACAAGCAUCAAGAUCAAUAGAGUGGAUCCCAAUGAAAGCCUCUCCAUAAGGCUUGUGGGAGGCAGCGAGACCCCGCUGGUCCACAUCAUCAUCCAGCAUAUUUAUCGUGAUGGAGUGAUUGCCAGAGAUGGACGACUGCUGCCAGGAGACAUCAUUCUCAAGGUCAAUGGCAUGGACAUCAGCAAUGUCCCUCAUAACUAUGCCGUGCGGCUCCUGCGGCAGCCCUGCCAGGUGCUACGGCUAACGGUGCUGCGGGAACAGAAGUUCCGUAGCAGAAGCAAUGCUCCUGCGCCGGACUCCUACGGACCUCGGGAUGACAGCUUCCAUGUAAUCCUCAACAAAAGCAGCCCUGAGGAGCAGCUUGGCAUAAAGCUGGUGCGCAGGGUGGAUGAGCCCGGGGUGUUCAUCUUCAACGUGCUGAAUGGCGGUGUUGCCGACCGACACGGCCAGCUGGAGGAGAAUGAUCGUGUGUUGGCCAUCAACGGACAUGACCUUCGAUUUGGCAGUCCAGAGAGCGCAGCUCAUCUGAUUCAGGCCAGUGAAAGACGUGUUCACCUCGUCGUGUCCCGCCAGGUUCGACAGCCCAGCCCAGACAUCUUUCAAGAAGCUGGCUGCAUCAGCAACGGCCAGCAGUCUCCUGUCUCAGGGGAGAGGAGCACAUCUUCUAAGCCUGCAGCCACUUGUCAUGAGAAGGUUGUAAGUGUCCAAAAAGACCCCAACGAAUCUCUCGGCAUGACCGUUGGAGGGGGAGCAUCACACAGAGAAUGGGACUUGCCCAUCUAUGUCAUCAGUGUUGAGCCCGGAGGAGUCAUAAGCAGAGACGGAAGAAUAAAAACAGGUGACAUUUUAUUGAAUGUGAAUGGGAUUGAGCUCACAGAGGUCAGCCGGACAGAGGCCGUUGCCAUACUGAAGAGCACACCCUCCUCAGUGGUACUCAAAGCCUUGGAAGUCAAGGAACAGGAGACCCAGGAAGACUGCAGCCCAGCAGCCCUGGACUCCAACCACAACGUGACCCCGCCUGGUGACUGGUCCCCAUCCUGGGUCAUGUGGCUGGAAUUACCACAGUACUUAUAUAACUGUAAGGAUGUGAUACUACGAAGGAACACAGCGGGAAGCCUGGGCUUCUGCAUUGUGGGAGGUUAUGAAGAAUACAGUGGUAACCAACCUUUUUUUAUCAAAUCCAUCGUCGAGGGAACACCCGCGUAUAAUGAUGGAAGAAUUAGAUGUGGUGACAUUCUUCUUGCUGUCAACGGCAGAAGCACGUCGGGGAUGAUGCACGCCUGCUUAGCGAGGAUGCUCAAAGAACUCAAAGGGAAAAUUACUCUCACCAUUGCUUCCUGGCCUGGUACUUUUUUAUAAAACCAAUGAUGGAUCUUAGAAAAACCACAAAUAGGCUAGAUAAAAUUGUAUUUAUCUUGUCGAUUUUUAUAUUUAAAGAAUAUAUUGUAAAAAAAAAAAGCCAGAAAAAGUAUGACUUAUGAAAACAAGUUACACAUCAGAGAAUGUUCUCAAAAAUAAAAACUAAUGUUAAUUUUUA